AUGACUGAUAGAAAGGCUUGGAAUUAAAAAGUAUGUACCUUAAGAUUCCUUUAUUUUAGGAGGACAUUGCAAUACUAUAAUUAGUAAAGCAGUAUGGAAUAAAGAAGUGGACAAUUGUGGCUGAAAAGAUGAAGGAAGUGUAUGGGUUAUUUGGAAGGUCUGGGAAGUAAUGUAGAGAACGUUAUCAUAAUCACCUUGAUCCAACAAUCAAUAAGGAGCCUUGGAGUGAAAAUGAAGAAAGAGUGAUCUUUGUUGCUCACAAAGAACAUGGCAAUAAGUGGGUACGAUGAAAUGUCGAAUAAAAUUUUAGGCAGAAAUUGCGAAACUGUUACCUGGGCGAACUGACAAUGCAAUAAAAAACCAUUUUUAUUCCACGUUAAGAAGAAGUCUCAGAAGAAUCAAUAAACUCAUCGGAGACAAGAACAGUAAUUGGCAUGAUUAUAUAUUUAGCAUAGAAAAGGGUACCCAACAGAUCAAGGAUAUCAAGCCAGGUGUUUUGUCUAAGAUUUUCAUACUUGCAGAAAAAAAUCCAUCCGAAUUAAAAGAUGAUCAUAUGAAAAAGUUAUGUUAAGCUUGUAAAGGACUGUAAGACUCCAUCUUAGAAUUUGCUUAAUCCAAAUAAAAAUCUCAAAUUAAUUAAUUCAAUGAAGACAAGUUCAAAUAACUGAUUGACAAAAUUAUGGAAUUCAAGUAUAUUCUUGCAAUUAUCAUCAAGUGCCCUCUAUACAAAACAAAGAGAAAGCAGAUUAAAAUUGAAGAAGAAAAAUCAUAAAAAGAGAAAAAGCAGAAUUGAAGAUGAUGAUGACGACGAUGAUUAUACUAGUGAUUAUAAAUACGAAGAAGUAAGCAACUAUGUUCCACUUAAGAGAUCUUCAAGACUCAAUGCAAAAAAGAAAGUGGUAGAAUUUCCAUCUUAUCUCUAGCAUAUAGAUAAAGAAGAUUAUAUUGAUAUAUGUAUCAGAACCAAAAAAGGUCCACUAUUCAACAUCAUUCGAGAUGAAUUCGAAAUCCAACAGGAUAAUGAAGAAGUAAAGACUUUUUUAAUUAUUAUUCUCUAGUAACAAUCUUCUAACAAUUAUCAAGAACAAUACAUCUACGAUUAUUAGGGAAACAACAGUCCAAAUAAUCAGUAAAUGACUCCAGCCUUUCCUGUAUUGACUCCAAGACAGAUAUUCUUUUAGAAACCUAUCAAUCCAUAUCAAGAAGAUUUAGGCUUAGAUGAAAAUCCAUUAAGUAAAUCCAAUUUUGUGCCAAUUGUCAUUACAAAACCAUAUACUUAAUGCAAGGAGAAAACCCUUGAUACAAUUGCUUCACAAUUACAGAAGAAAAUUAGUAAAUUCCAAAAAUAAUUUUAGAUGCAAAUGCUGAUAAAUAUAUAUUUAAUUAAUAAGCUACUCAAGAUUCAGAUUUGGAAAUCAAUAUUGGAGAUGCUUUUGAAAUUCAAAAGGACUACAAGUCACCAACCAGUAAAUUUGGAAUUGGUGGUUACAGUCCAAGUGCAUUUAGAAAGUAUAAAAAAGAUCAGGAGACUGGUUUAGUUAAUUUCAUGGUUACACCUCAUAAUUAUAAAUGA